AAAAAAACCCCAAAGUGGAUAUUUCAGAACCAAAAACCCGCAAUCCCAGUACCUGGAUUCUCCGUCACACUAGUCCCAAUUCAGGAUUACUUACCUUCUUAGCCGAAGUGGAGCACCCACACACACCCACCCACUCACCGGAGUGGUAUGGGCGGGCGCGUGGAAAUAAGAGAGACCUGUGUGUGUGUGUGUCCCCCCCAUUUCGUGUUUUUUAAAACCGCACUAGUACCUGGUACCUCGCCUAGUCGGGAAAGUACCUUUUACCAAAUUUCAAACUUCCCGAAGUGUGCUAACCUUACUAAGUGUGUGUGUUGCAAAAAAGCUCCCCACACACGCAAACCGUGGAACGGGUUGAGGGCGAGUGUUUCUCGGUCGGGAUGUCAGUUCUGGCUGCUGUCGCUUGUCGUCUGUCUGUCCCUGAACCAUAGAAUGGGAGGUGAUGGUAAUCGUUCUUGGUUCGUUGGUGGUGAUGGUGAUGGUCGUUUCGUUGUCGAUAUUUGGGGUUUGGGGUUGUUUCGAAUUUCUUUCUUAUUGCUUGGGACCUUUGUAUCAGGGUUUGAGGUUAUUUGGUCCUGCUCUCCGUAGUUAGUUAGAGUAUCUCUUUGUUUUGUUCAUUGAAACCGUUCUCUGACAGCUGGGCUGAAAUGAGAUAUGGCGUUGUCCGUUGUCGUCGUUAGUUAAUCUACUUAGAUGAUACUAAACUGCUCAU